AGAGAAAGAGACCUGAGAGAGACCGAGAGACAGAGACCCGAGAGAGAGACAGAGAGAGGGAGGGCCUAGCAGUGACUGACUGUGGGUGUGACUAAAGGUGUGACUCCGCCUUUUCUCCUGUUUACCUGAGGAGCUACAAAUAGCAGUGUAAGAGGUAGGAAACACACACCUGUCACUGCUGCUUUCGUCGACUCACCUGGACUGAAGAAACCACUCACCACACCUUUACAGACCACUGUCCUCUGCCGUCAUGUGUCAGUGGUUGACCUCUAGCUUCUGUGUUGUGAUGCUGCUGCUGUGUCCAGUCAGUUUCAGCUACGAGGGGCUCAGCCCAGGACCUGGCUGUCAUCUAUACCGGUUCAACGUGACCAUCCGUAGUGACCAGCGUGGGACAUGUAAAGGAACUCAUGUUGUGAAUGCCUGUGUUGGCUACUGUGAGUCCAGUGCCUUCCCAUCCCGAUACUCUGUUCUGGUGGCAUCGAACUUCACUCACAACAUUACCUCGGCAUCACAAUGCUGCACCAUCAGCAAGGACGCAAAGAUCAAAGUUCGUCUUGACUGUCCUCGUAGUCGUCACCAUGAUGAUAUCGAGAUCCUGACGGCUCAGGCCUGUCGUUGCGACAUGUGUCGCAAGUCACGCUACUGACAUGCCACUGUCUCCGCGGGAACACACGCUACACGCAACAAAUUGUAACAUGAGGACUUGGAUGAAGAGAAGACAAGGAAAUGUGUGUAUACAAGGAUAGUGUGUGUGUGUGUGUGUGUGUGUGUGUGUGUGUGUGUGUGUGUGUGUGUGUGUGUGUGUGUGUGUGUGUGUGUGUGUGUGUGUGUGUGUGUGUGUGUGUGUGUGUGUGUGUGUGUGUGUGUGUGUGUGUGUGUGUGUGUAGAAUUGAACGGUCGGAAAAAGGAAAAAAGACUUGAGGAAAAGACUUUUCAAACGGUCGCUUUAUUUAAGAUUUGUUUGUUUAAACAUUGGUUUAUUUAGGAACAGGAGACAUUUUGUCACACUUUGAGUCAACACCCUAUUCCCUAUGUAGUGCACUACUUUUGACCAGGGCCCAUACAAACUAGUGCACUACUUUUGACCAGGGCCCAUACAAACUAGUGCACUACUUUUGACCAGGGCCCAUACAAACUAGUGCACUACUUUUGACCAGGGCCCAUACAAACUAGUGCACUACUUUUGACCAGGGCCCAUACAAACUAGUGCACUACUUUUGAACCACGGCCCCAUACAAACUAGUGCACUACUUUUGACCACGGCCCCCCAUACAAACUAGUGCACUACUUUUGACCAGGGCCCAUACAAACUAGUGCACUACUUUUGACCAGGGCCCAUACAAACUAGUGCACUACAAAUGUAGAUUGGGUGCCAAUUGGGACGUGGACACUGACAUCCAGUUAAACCACUAUAGAUAAUAACAUAAUUAAAACCACUACAUAGAUCUGUUAUACAGCCACAACACAGAACUAGAAUGAACAGAAUGGACAUCCCCAUUCAACUCCGUGAUUAGACUGGCAGCCAUUUUGAACGCGGACCAGUGAAAUUGUCAGGGUCAGAGGUUCCAAUUCCAGUCAUUUGAUUUCUACGGCCACUAAACUAGAUGUACAUUAACAAAUAAAAUGUAUUUAUAUGAGAAUGACCCACUUACAUUUUGUAAAUAAGUGACCUGAAAGAAUGUUGGAAGGGUUGACCAAAUAAAAAAGGAAAAAUAAUCACUCAACAAAUUGUAUUAUUAUUAUUAUUAUUAUUAUUAUUAUUAUAUUACAUUAUUACAUUUUCUAACAAGGUUGCUGUGUCAUAUUACAGUGGUAUAAAGCAUUUUAUAAAACUGGGUGAUUCGAGCCUUUAAUGCUGAUUGACUGACAGCCGUGGUAUAUCAAACCAUAUAACACGGGUAUGACAAAACAUGUAUUUUUACUGUUCUAAUUGUGUUGGUAACCAGUUUAUAACAGCAAUAAGGCACCUCAGGGCGUUUGUGGUAUAUGGCCAAUAUACCACGGUUAAGGGCUGUG